UUUCUUUGACUCUAAACUAAGCAAAUGCCGAAGUAAAGGUUCAGUCACAGAUACAGGGCGGAGAAGCGCAUUGGUGCCUCCCACACACGGUUCAAUAAUCGCUGGACAGCAAGACUGUGUUCUCUGAACUUGAGGAAACUUGAAGGUAAACUUUUGGAAGACUACAAAAAAAGUUGUUAGUACCUCAAUGUAAUCGCUCAAUGUCGACAUAAUCGAUCUAAAAUGAACUACCCCAGUACGUCAGGACGUCGGAAUCUGAAAGGUUGUCACGGGGAAUGAACUCUUUCAUUUGACACGAGACGCGAAUUCCAAAUGGACUGCAGGCUUUUAUUGGGAAUAAUCACAGCUGUUGCCAUAUGCAAAUACACCCAGGCUGAAUGGAAUACCACAACUGCACCGGCAAAAAGGAUUGUGUCUUGCGAUCCCCAUAACAACAGAAGCAACUGCACAGAUUCAAACGAUGACCACAGGUGGAAUGGACACUUCUCUAAGUGUCCAAAAGAAUACAAGCAUUUCUGCAUUAAUGGUGCUUGUCGUUUUGUGAAGGAGCAGAACACUCCUUCCUGCAGAUGUGAAAAUGGAUUUAUUGGCUCCAGGUGUGAAUAUUCUGAUAUAAGUUUCCUUGUAGGGGAAAGAAAGAAAAUAGUCAUCAUAUGUGUAAUCACAGGAUUAGUGUUUCUGAUUCUGCUCAUUGUCUUCAUAUGCAUCUGUACACAAAAACGAUAUAAACCAUGUAGAAAGAAGAGAAGAAAAAAGGAAACAAGAGCUGAAGUUGAGAAGCUCAGUUCACUUACUGCAAAUGAAUCUUUAACUGGUCCUGUUGACACAUCCAUCACAAAUGCUGUUUGAACAGUGAAGAGCACCUGCCGGGUUGGUGAUAGCAUGAUUAUGGUGUGAAAAUGGAGAGCUGUUCUGGAUAGUGAUGAAAGCAGUGCUUUACCGUAAUCCGGAAUGGACUUUAAAUGGACUUGGGAGAUGUGGCAUGUCAGACGACAACCUUUGCCAUUCAGUCUGCUAAUGUUUUCCACAUUCUUCAUGAAGCAACUGCCUUGCUGGUUAAAAAAACUUUUGAGAAAAGAAGGUAUGUUUCUUCAGUAUGGAUGUAAUGAGUGGGCUAUAUGCUUCAUAACUGAAAUGUAUGACCAGCUAGUGUGCAAUAUUCUGAAUGUAAACAAAGCCCAGCACCAUCCGUGCUGGUUAAUAUGCUGUAAAGGCCUUUUUUAUUUCUAUUUCAUAUGAAGCACAGAAUGUUGAAAAUUGUAUACUGGGAUUUAUACAUGCUUUUGUAUUAUUAUGAACAAUAAUAAAGUUAUAAAUGCAUAGUUACUGUGCCCUCUAUAAGUAUUGGGAGAGUAAAGACAAAAUGGGUCUUUUUGCUGUACACUCAAGGCAUGUGUAAAUAUGAUUAAAAGAUGAAUCAAAAAUACAGAAUGUCACCUUUAUUUCUGAAUGUUUCAACAUGUUUUACAGCACUUUUAGAAUUCCAUCCCCCCAUUUAAUGUGAGCAUACAGAGCAUUCAGGAAGUAUUCAGACCCCUUCAUUCAUUCUGUACUUUUGCCUCAUCUUUUAAUCAUAUUUACAGAUGCCUUAAGUGUACAGCAAAAAGAGCAAUUGAUCUUUACAGUCCCAGUACUUAUGAAGGGCACUGUAUAUUUACAACUUUCUGAAAGUAGCUCUCCUGACGUUGUGACUUUGCUGAAACCUCCUUGGUUGUAUGGUGGUUACCUUAAAUUUAUCAUAGCUUGAUAGCCAUGUUUUUGUGUUAAAAGAUUAGUCCAAUUUGUAAUUCUAAGGACCAAAAUAUAAAAUCUAAUUACCAAUUGCUUUGAUUUAUUUAUUGGUUGAAUAUAUACAUACAGAAUAUUUUUCAUUUUGUUUGUUGUGUUAAAAGAGUAUAUUGUGCUGAAAGUUUUACGUUGUGGAAGAAAUGUCACAAUUAAUGUGACUGUUGUCAUAAUGUAAUAAAGUAUUAGCCAUAAUGGAUAGAAAAUAGAAAACGUUUGUUUGGUCAAGUGAACAACAAAAACUAAAUAUAUAUAUAUAUAUAUAUAUAUAUAU